CUGCUGUAUUCUGCUCGUCGAUGAUGGCAGCGACGUCCACACCGUCCUCAGACUUGCAGACGACUUCCGGCGUAGAAAGAGAAACAGAGCAGGGCCUGGAUGUCGAGAUUCUGAGGGAGAGCGCGAAGAAGGCCUUAAUAAACGCCCUUAAUUCCGUGAAUGGCGCGAAGACUCUCGUGCUGGACCCCACGCUUGCUGGGCCACUGGGGCUCGUAACGGAAGUUGCAUUAUUGAAACAUCACGGGGUGGACAAGAUGUUUUGGCUUGAACCUGGCCCUCUCACAUCUACAACUACAAAUGUAGUGUAUCUCUGCAGACCUCUCAUAAAAUAUGUGAAGAUUAUAGCAGACCAGAUCAAGAGGCAUGCUAAAGACUCGGUGAAGCAUACGUACACGCUCUUCCUCGUCCCGCGGACAUCGACACUCGUUUCCAGAAUAUUGGAAGAGGAGGGUGUACUUGGAGAUGUAUCUAUCUCGUCAUACAACCUACAGUUUAUACCCAUUGCUGAAGAUGUGAUUUCACUUGAAUGUGACAGUGCCUUUAAGGAGCUGUGGGUGGACGGCGACGAGACUAUCAUCUACAACUCAGCGCUGGCACUGGAUGUUCUCCAGAAAAUAUAUGGCCAGUACCCCCGCAUAGUAGGUAAAGGAGACUAUGCUUCGAAAUUAGCUACCUUACUCACGAAAUCGCUUGCCAACCAACCAUCGCCCGUCACCAACCCCACAUCCUCGUCGGCGCCCUUUGAUUCCUUGAUCAUCCUUGAUAGACGGGUUGAUAUGAUCACACCUCUACUAACCCAACUUACCUACGAAGGUCUUAUUGACGAAGUGAUCGGAAUUAAGAAUGGUCACGUUGAAUUGCCCAUGAGUCUCUUGAAUCCACCGCCAGCUCCAAAUCAAAGCCCACCACAACCCUCCACCUCUGCCGCGGCUACCUCUAUCAUUGGUGAAAAGACAAAGAAAUACCACCUUUCGGCUGCGACAGACCCACUAUUUGCCGAUCUGCGAGACCUGAACUUUUCAUCUAUGGGGAAGCGAUUGAGCCGAACGGCGCAUAGGUUGGAUGAAGAGUACAAGGCUCGGCAGCAGGCAAAGACGGUUGCUCAGCUCCGAGACUUUGUUGGAAAGCUCGGUGGCUUGCAGUCUGAACAUCAGGCUCUGAGACUGCACACUGGGCUUUCGGAAAUUUUGCUUCCUCAUACCAGAACGGACCUAUUCAACAAAUCACUCGAGAUCCAGCAGAACCUGCUUGCGUCAUAUGAGGCGUCCGCGCAAGUGACAGCGAUCGAGGAAAUGGUUGCUCAAGGAGCGGACAUGCAAACCAUAGCAAGGCUGCUUUGUCUAGCCAGCUUAACAAUGGGUGGCAUUAAGACUCGUGCUCUGGAAAGCAUCAAACGAGAAUUCCUGCAGGCAUACGGCUAUGACCUCCUCCCGCUUCUUCUCUCCCUCUCCAGCCCGCCGCUCUCUGUCCUCCUUCCGAACCCUUUGCCCCCUUCAGCCUCACCUAUGGUGACCACUAGCAAGCUCCCUUUCAGCACGGUGCGCAAGUCGCUCCGACUUCUCAUUGAUGACAAUCCGGAAGCACUCGAGGAAGUCGAGAAUGACAUUAGCUUUGUCUAUUCUGGGUACGCGCCGAUCAGCGUCCGACUCGUACAGUGCGUCGCGCAAAAGAACGGCGUAAUCAGCAAUCCUGUUGUAGAUAAGGUAACCGGCAGUGGCGGCGCUGGAAACGCAGACCACGGUGAUGCGGACGGAAGAGGCACUUCGAUAAACGCGAAGAAACUAUAUGCACAUCCAAUUGUUGGGUGGAAGGGGUUCGAAGAUGUCUUAGGCACACUUCCGGGAAAGAUAUUCGAUAUUCCAACAAAUACGAACAAUAAUUCGGGUGCCAACUCUGUGACCACCCUCGUCCCCUUACCCAUUCGACCACACGAACAAAUGUCGACGACUGUUGUGUUCUUCCUUGGUGGGUGUACGUAUACUGAGAUUGCGGCCCUUAGAUGGGUCAAUCGCCAGCACAGAGGUCGGAAGUUUCUGAUUGCGACAACGGGCAUCAUAAGUGGUUCGAGCUUGAUAAAAAGUAUAGCAGAGGAUGGGAAAAUUGGUCAGGACAAGGUCUAAGAGGCAGUAGGUAGGCCUGGGGCCUAGACUCGUUGAGGCCACGCGGGCUUGUUCACUAUGUUCAGUCAAGUUCCUGUGUCGCAUUUUUUUGGUUGAUGACCAUGAC